AUGCAAACUGCAACAGUUAAAGUAACUGGAAAAUAUGGUGAUAAAAGUGAGCGUGUGCGUUUGCUACUUGACUCCGGUUCACACAGGACGUAUAUUUCAAAGGAACUUACUGACCGUUUAGGUUUGAAAGAAGAAAGCGAACAGGAAAUAAAUGUUGUGACGUUUGGAAGCGAAGGGUCUAAAACCAUUAAAACAAAAUCAACCACAUUAAAGGUUAUGCUUAAAGAUGGCAGUUAUAUAACCAUGACAGCCAAUAUAGUACCAAAGAUCAGUGGGAUGUUACAUCGUAGUGCUGUGAAUAAAAUUCAGUUAGAAAAGCUGUCUCAGAUGACUAGAAAUCUACACUUAGCUGAUACUAUUCCUACAGAAAAGGAAGUGCAUUCAUUGGAUCUACUGGUAGGUAAUGAUUUUUACCUAGAUAUAGUUAAUUCCGAAAAAAUUCAAGUGUGUUCUGGAUUAUACUUACUUUCAUCAAAGUUAGGUUGGAUUCUGUCCGGGAGAGCAGGAUUUGUAAGUGAUACAAUUGCUGAUGAUAUGAGUAUGUUAAUUCUGUCUCAUAAAGACAAUGACGCCGAUGUGAAUAAUUCUGAAUUUGAUAGUGUGAUGUCUGUUAAGACAAACCUUGAAGAGUUCUGGAGUAUCGAAACCAUCGGGAUUGUGGAUCCACCGGAAAGUAGUGAUGACGAAAAAGCCAUGUUGAACUUUAAAGAGACAUUGAAUCGAGAAAAUGGUAGAUAUAGCGUAACAUGGCCUUGGAAAGGUAACAGCGAGGAACUCCCAGAAAAUCGCGGGUUAGCUUGUGAUCGACUUAGGUCACUUGUAAAGAGAAUUCAGAAAGAAACUGAUUUAAUGGAAAGAUAUUAUACAGUGAUAAAGGACCAAGUUGAAAAGGGUAUUAUCGAAAAGGUUGAACGUAAUUCCUACAGUGGAUCAAAGCAUUAUAUUCCUCACCAUGUAGUGAUUACACCAGAUAAGAACACGACAAAAUUGAGAAUAGUAUAUGAUGCUUCUGCAAAAGCCAGAAAACAAAGUAAAAGUCUAAAUGAAUGUUUAUAUCGUGGACCUGUGUUGCUACGAGAUCUUUGUGGAAUAUUUAUGAGAUUCAGAUUACCUGAAAUAGGAAUUGUCUCCGAUAUAGAGAAAGCUUUCUUGCAAGUGGAGUUACAACAAACCGAACGGGAUGUUACACGGUUUCUGUGGUUUAAGGAUUUCACUGAACCAAUUAUUGAUGAAGAUCACAUCCAGGAAUAUAGAUUUUGUCGUGUUCCUUUCGGUGUGGUUUCUAGUCCCUUUCUAUUAGCUGCUACAGUGGAAACACACUUAGAUUCAUACGAUACGAAAUUGGCUACUCAGAUGAAAGACAACAUUUAUGUAGAUAAUAUAAUCACAGGAGCAGAUACUGUUGAGGAAGCAAUGACCUUGUACAAUGCGGGAAAAUCAAUGUUUUGUGAAGCAAAAAUGAAUUUGAGGGAAUGGAUAACCAACAGUGAAAUAGUGAAUAGUUUGAUACCCGAUAUUGACAAAACACAAUCUGAAAAGGUAAAAGUUCUAGGUCACACAUGGGACACAAAGUGUGAUACGUUUUCAGUUCAAACCUCAAAAGUGAUCAACAGUGAAUUACCAGCUUCAAAAAGAAAUGUAUUAAAGCAGAUUGCGUCAGUGUAUGAUCCGUUAGGGUUCUUUGUUCCAGUAACAAUUCAAGGAAAGACUUUACUUCAAAAGCUUUGGAGUAAAAAACUAGAAUGGGAUGAUUUACUGGAUCCAGAAGAUAAAGCUGAAUGGGUUGCUAUUAAGAGUGAUUUGGCGAUAAUAUGUGAGGUUAAACUGAAACGGUGUAUUUCUCUAUCAGGAGAUAAAAACAAAAUUAAUUUCACUCUAGUGUGUUUCUGUGAUGCCUCGAUCAAAGCAUAUGCUACUUCAAUAUACCUUGUGCAAGAGUUUGAUGGUGUAUCUAAAUCUGAUAUUGUGUUCUCAAAAAGUCGUCUAUCUCCAAUAAAAGGAAUGACCAUUCCGAGACUAGAACUAUUAGCUGUGUUGAUAGGGGUUAGAUGUAUUUCAUUCGUGGAAAAGGAGUUAAAUUUACCAAUAAAGGAUGUGAUUGUGAUGAGUGAUUCCCAGUGUGUGUUACAUUGGAUAUCUUCCAAGAAAGUCCUUCCCGUGUUUAUUGAAAACAGAAUUAAAGAAAUAAGAAGUCAUGACAAGAUAGAAUUUCGUUAUGUUAACACGAAACAAAAUCCAGCAGAUAUUGCCAGUCGUGGGUGUCCUCUCGAAACUUUACAAGAAUACGACAUGUGGUGGUAUGGACCAGAAUGGCUAACUCAUCCUCAAGAGCAAUGGCCAAACUGUGAAAGCGCAGAGGAAAUGUGUUCAAAAAUGAAACCAGAAAAGGAAUCAGUUGAGUCUCCAAACGAGAGCAUUAUGAUCUCGCAAACAGGAAUUAGUGAACCCCCAUUUGGUAUUGAAGUACACAAAGCUGAAGCAAGAACGUUAACGCUUUCAGCCAAACGUGAAGAUGUUGUCAAAUUAAACACAUACUACGAGCCUUUGUCAUCAUCGGACGAUGACAUUUUCGAUAUGAUCGCCGAACAGGAGGAGUAUCUCCAGGAACAUCGGAAAGCUGUCGAUAAUUUCAAUCUCGACAUGUUGACUUCAACUUAUAAUGACAUUAGUUCACCGGACGUCAGUAUAUACCCAGAUGAUAGUGACGUUAAUGUUCAAACGUCCGACAACACUUCAGGGGAUGACGCCAAUGUUGACGUCAAUGUGCCGGAUACCGUCGAUAAUUUCAAUCUCAACAUGCUGACUUCAACUUAUGAUGACAUUAGUUCACCGGACGUCAGUAUAUACCCAGAUGAUAGUGACGUUAAUGUUCAAACGUCUGACAACACUUCAGGGGAUGACGCCAAUGUUGACGUCAAUGUGCCGGAUACCGUCAUUUCAAAAAUGGACGUCAGUAUACACCCAGCUGAGUCGGAUUACGUCAAUGAUAUUGAUAACGAUUCCCACAUCGGUGAUAAUUCUGAGGAUGUUAUCGUCAUUAGUGAUGUAAGUGAUGAUGAACUGGUUCCAGUAGUGACUGAAUCCGGAAAAUGUCUAUCUGUGGAAAGGCGAUCGCUAAGAACGGAAGUGGAAGUCUGGACGAGGACCGGGAUAAGAUUUACCACCUACAGCGGAAUUGAGCCUUUGUUUCGUUGGGCUCGAUAUGAAGAUGACUUUUAUAACUACACCAUGAAGCAGUAA